AGGAAGCGGAGAGCACACACACACAGAGAGAGAGUGUGUGAGAGUGUGAGAGUGUGUGUGUGAGGCAAAGGGCAGCGCGGCCCCAACAUGUCCACGUCGGACGAGGCGGACGGUCUUGGCGCCAUCAGGCCGCACUAUGGCUCUGUUAUGGAUAAUGAACGGCUCACGGCUGAGGAGAUGGAUGAACGCAGGACGCAAAACAUUGCCUACGAGUACCUGUGUCACCUGGAGGAAGCCAAGCGCUGGAUGGAAGCGUGUUUGGAUGAGGAGCUCCCACCCACCACUGAGCUGGAGGAGGGGCUGAGGAACGGGGUGUAUUUGGCCAAACUGGGCAACUUCUUCAGUCCCAAGGUGGUGUUACGCAAGAAGAUCUAUGACUGCGAGCAAACCAGAUACAAGGCGAGCGGGCUGCAUUUUCGACACACGGACAACACCGUCCAAUGGUUCAAUGCCAUGUCCAACAUUGGCCUUCCCAAGAUAUUUUACCCUGAGACGACAGAUGUAUAUGACCGUAAGAACAUGCCGCGAUGUGUCUACUGUAUCCACGCUCUCAGUCUGUAUCUCUUCAAACUGGGACUGGCCCCACAGAUCCAAGACCUUUACGGGAAAGUGGUGUUCACAGAGGAGGAGAUCAACAACAUGAAGAGUGAGCUGGAGAAGUACGGGAUCCAGAUGCCGGCCUUCAGCAAGAUCGGGGGCAUCCUGGCCAAUGAGCUGUCCGUGGACGAAGCUGCCCUGCACGCUGCUGUCAUUGCCAUCAAUGAUGCAGUGGAGCGUGGAGCGGCUGCCGACACCAUGGUGGCCAUGAAGAAUCCCAACGCCCUGUUGGUGAACCUGGACGAGAGUGAGAGCGAGCAGUACCAGCUCACUCUGGCCAACGCCAAGCGGCAGAAGGCAGGCAACGCCCACAACAAGGAGGUGCCCGGGAGCCCGGACAGUGAGCGGGAUGUUUAUGAGGAGCUGCUGACCCAGGCUGAGAUCCAGGGCAAUGUCAACAAGGUCAACGUGCAGCGGCGCCUGAACAAUGUGGAUGAUGCGCUGGAGAGAGGGGAUGCUCUGGCUCUCUACAACACCCUGAGAUCUCCACAGCUGGCCCUGCGAGGGGUGGAGGCAGAGAACUCUGACUGGUACCUCAAGCAGCUGACCGCCGACAAGCAGCUCAAGGUCCAGGAGCAGGGCUCCAGCGAGCAGCUGACAAAGGAGGAGCUACAACUCGGAGUGGAGCAGGCCAACACCGAUGCCCUGCGCUUCAAGAAGCUGCUGGAGGCCGUGUCUCGCAUCAACGCUGCCGUCCGGAGCGGCGUCGCGGAGCAGACGAUGACGGAGCUGAUGAACCCCGAGGCUCAGUUACCACCGGUGUACCCCUUUGCUGCCAACCUGUACCAGCAGGAGCUGAGCACCCUGCAACAGCAGAGCCCAGAGGGGAAGCUGACACACACGGAGCUGGUGGUUGCCGUGGAGAUGCUAUCGCCGUCCGUGGCCCUGAUUAACCGUGCACUGGAGGCCGGAGACAGCAACGAGGUGUGAGGCUGCUGGACAACCUCCCCCCACCGGGCUCCCCCCAACGUGGACCAGGGCAACGCACAGAGGUACGUGGAUGAGCUGCUGAGACUGAAGGCCAAAGCCCAGGAAGAUGGCAACGAGUUUAUCACCUGGAACGACAUCCAGGGCUCAGUAGACCAAGUCAACACCGUGGUCCAGGAGGAACAUGACAGGAUCAUGGCGAUCGGCCUGAUCAACGAUGCAGUGGAUGAAGGAGAUGCCCGCAAGACCCUGGAGGCCCUGCUGUUGCCCAGCGCCAAGCUGGCUGACGUGUCACCGCCCGUGGCUGAACAUUACCAGGAGAUGCUCAUCAGGACCAAGAGGGAGAAAGCUCAGGAGACGCAGGAUGACUCUGCCGUUCUCUGGCUAGACGAGAUCCAGGACACUGUCUGGAGAUCCAACAAAGACACUGAGGACGCUAAGAGAUUCUCCCAGGGCAUCCUGACCAUUAACGAGGCGGUGGACGAUGGGGACACUGGCCGUAUUCUGUCCGCGUUGCGUUCGUCUGACGUGGGUCUGUACGGGGUCACCUCUGAAUGUGAGGACAUCUACCAGCAGGAGCUGACCGAGGCCAAGCAGGCCAAGAUGGCGGAAGGUGACAAUGGCAGCCCCUGGGUCAGGCACUGGGUGAAGGGAGGUUACCAUUACUACUACAACCUGCAGACCAAGGAGGGCAGCUGGGAGCAGCCCGCUGACUUCAUCCAGAACAACACGCAGCUGAGCAGGGAGGACAUACAGUCGACAGUGUCGGGAGUGACGGCUGCCUAUAACCGUGAGCAGCUGUGGAUGGCCAACGAGGGUCUACUCACCAAGCUCCAGGCCCGUUGCCGGGGUUACAUGCUGCGCCAACAACUGCACCAGCGGAUGGGCUUCCUGGAGAAACAGAAACCGGCCAUCCUCACCAUCCAGUCUAACUGGAGAGGCUACAAGCAGAAGAAGGCCUACAAAGAACGGCUGCAGCACUUCAAGGACAACACAGCCGCUGUGGUGAAGCUUCAGGCCCUAUUCCGGAUGCUCCUGGCAAGGAAGAAGUAUCGGGAUCGGUUGAAGUAUUUCAAGGAUCAUGUGGCUGACAUCAUUAAAAUCCAGGCGUUCAUCAGGGCCAACAAGGCCCGGGACGAUUACAAGACUCUGAUCAGCGCGGAGCAGCCCCCGAUGGGAGUAGUGCGUAAGUUUGUUCACCUGCUGGACCAGAGUGACCAGGACUUCCAGGAGGAGGUGGAGCUGAUGCGUUUACGUGAGGAGGUGGUGACCCGCAUCCGCUCCAACCAGCAGCUGGAGAAUGACCUCAACACCAUGGACAUCAAGAUCGGGCUGCUGGUGAAGAACAAGGUCACGCUGCAGGAGGUGGUGUCACACAGCAAGAAGCUGACCAGGAAGAACAAGGCCCAGCUGUCGGACAUGAUGAAGAUUGACCGGCAGAAGGGAGGGCUGAAGGGGCUGAGCAAGGAGAAGCGCAUGAAGCUGGAGGCCUAUCAGAACCUGUUCUAUCUGCUGCAGACCAACCCCACCUACCUGGCCAAGCUGAUCUUCCAGAUGCCGCAGAACAAGUCGACCAAGUUCAUGGACUCUGUCAUCUUCACCCUGUACAACUACGCAUCCAACCAGCGCGAGGAGUAUCUGCUCCUCAAACUCUUCAAAACUGCCCUGCAGGAGGAGAUCAAGUCUAAGGUGGACCAGCUGCACGAGAUCAUCACGGGGAACCCGACGGUGAUCAAGAUGGUGGUGAGCUUUAACCGGGGGGCGCGGGGACAGAACGCCCUGAGACAGAUCCUGGCGCCGGUGGUCAAGGAGAUCAUCGAGGAGCGAGGCAUGAACAUCAAGACCGACCCCAUCGACAUCUACAAGGCCUGGGUCAACCAGAUGGAGUGGACCAGCUGCACGCGAUCAUCACGCAAGCUGCCGUAUGAUGUGACCCCGGACCAGGCUCUGGGGCACGAGGAGGUGAGGCUGCGCCUCGACGGAUCCAUCAAGAACAUGCGCAAUGUCACCGACAAGUUCCUGGCUGCCAUCGCCACCUCUGUCGACAAGAUCCCCUAUGGGAUGAGGAUCCUUGCCAAGGUGCUGAAGGACUCGCUGCACGAGAAGUUCCCCGACGCCACCGACGAGGAGUUGAUAAAGAUCGUGGGUAACCUGCUGUACUACCGCUACAUGAACCCUGCCAUUGUGGCGCCGGACGCCUUUGACAUCAUCGACAUGUCUGCGGGCGCGGGGGGUCUGAGCACUGAUCAGCGCAGGAACCUGGGCUCCAUCGCCAAGGUGUUGCAGCACGCUGCCUCCAACAAGAUGUUUGACAAGGAAUAUUGUCACCUGGCCUCCAUCAACGAGUACCUGUCCCACGCACACCUCAAGUUCAGGAGGUUUUUCCAGUCAGCGUGCGAGGUGCCAGAACUGGAGGAUAAGUUUAACGUUGACGAGUAUUCUGACCUGGUGACGCUCAACAAGCCCGUCAUCUACAUCUCCAUCGGGGAGAUCAUCAACACUCACACGCUGUUCCUGGACCACCAGGAUGCCAUCGCCCCCGACCACAACGACCCCAUUCACGAGCUGCUCGAGGACCUGGGAGAGGUGCCCACCAUCGAGUCCCUCAUCGGUGAGGCAGGGCUGAGUGAGGCGGGCAAGGAGCUGCUGGCCAAGACGGAGGUGUCGCUGUCUCUCACCAACAAGUUUGACGUGUCGGGCGGGGAGAACGAGGAGAUGAACGCACGCACCCUGCUGCUGAACACCAAGCGGUUGAUGGUGGACGUGAUCCGUUUCCAACCCGGAGAAACGCUGACCGAGAUCCUCGAGUGCCCGUCCUCCACGGUGCAGGAGGCAGAGCACCAGCGGGCCAUGCAGCGGCGUGCCGUCCGAGAUGCCAAGACCCCCGAGAAGAUGAAGCGGAACCAAGCGCAGGUGGACGAGAACCUGAUGUCGCUGACGGAGAAGAAGGAGAAGAUCGAGCACAACCUGAAGAAGUUGACGGCUCUGGGGAAGGUCAACCCCACAAACAAGUACCAGGACCUGAUCAACGACGUGGCCAAGGAUAUCCGUAACCAGCGGCGAUACCGGCAGAGGCGGAAGGCAGAGUUGGUGCGUCUGCAGCAAACCUACAGCGGCCUCAUCUCCAAAACGGCCUUCUACGAGGAGCAGACUGAUUACUACAACCAGUACAUCAAAACAUGCAUGGACAACCUGGCCAGCAAGGGCAAACUCUCCAAGAAGCCGGGCGAUGUGAAAGGAAAGAAGAGCAAGCAGGUGUCACAGCGCUACACAGCCGCUCGGCUCCACGAGAAAGGGGUGCUCCUGGAGAUAGAAGACCUCAGCUCCAGCCAGUUCAAGAAUGUAAUUUUCGACAUCUGUCCGACAGAGGAGGUGGGCGACUUUGAGGUGAAGGCAAAGUUCAUGGGGGUUCAAAUGGAUUCCUUCAUGCUCCACUAUCAGGACCUACUCCAGCUCCAGUACGAGGGAGUGGCUGUCAUGAAGAUCUUUGACAAAGCCAAGGUCAACGUCAACCUGCUCAUCUUCCUGCUCAACAAGAAGUUCUAUGGGAAGUAGACAUGAGCGGGGAGCGGCCCCGUCACACAGUGACCUCGUGAGGUUCCGUUCUACACAGACCAGGAGUGACAUCUCGUGGCCACCUAACGCCAGCGUGGGGACAGUCACCUUACCAGAGUGUGCGGUUAUAUAUAUUUCUGAUUAUAUACAUUCCUAGACGGCACCUCUUGCAUUUAUAGUUGCCUUUGUACUGCUUCAGGGCAUAAAUAUUUGAAAGCACAACCUCCCCUUAUUUUUAUAAGUUACAUUUUGCCACUUGGCCAUUGUGAGCUGAGUUGCUGCCGUUAGAUCCUUGUGUUUCUCUGAUCCAGGCAGUCAUUGCCGGAUGCACUUCACUCAUCCACUGAAGACUGAAGCUGAGAAUGAACAUCCCUGGGCUUGUUCUCCAGGCACAGUGCGGGACAAACUCUACAAGGAUGGUGUUGCUGGCUAAGUUAUUGGUCCUGCUGGCUACUGUUGCUCUUACAAUCGACUUGUACUUGCAGGAAAAUCGGUGCAUUUUAGAGAAAAUAAAUUUUAUCUCAA